CUCUUUGUUAUAACUCAUUUUCACUUAUCUUUACACUAUCAUGUCCUUCCGUAUUGCGCCAGCAGCUCUUCCAGAGACUUCGGUAAAGUCCACUUACGAUACGACACACGCCGAUUUCGGCAAUCACGACGCUCUUCGGUACGGUACUCGUUCUAUCAAAUCCGAAGUAUUACCUGGCCAUCCCUUAGAGCAUCGUCUCAACAAGUGGCAAGAAACACAAUGGGAACUCAAGCUGAAUAUGGCACGACAAGCCUAUGGUAUGCAUGCACCUAUCAAAAUGAUGAUGGAAACAGAAACAGUAUCAAAGCGUCAUCGUUUGCCGGUCUUGCCUUCUUCCAAUCUGCAUCUCGAUAUUUUGAUGGGUAAAGACGAAACAAUUGACUUUGAAGAUUUCCUGAACGAUCCUGCCAUGUCCACCGAUAUGUUGGAUGUUCACGCUGCAAUGGAACACAAGUUGAAUCUUAAAGUUUAAAAUACCAUUCAAAUGCUAAUAAAAUAAGAAAACGGAUCAUUGAUGGACUAAAGAGAUAUAACCUCCCAUGCAGAGAGGGAUAAAAAAGCCCCAUGGUGUCAAUGAUACAAGGCGAAUAAAUUUUACGCAUUGAAAG